AUGGCAAGCAAGUUUAAUGUUCGCUCAAUUAGUUUGCCUUGUAGAUCUCAUCCUAGUACUAUUAGAGUAGAAGAGGAGCUGAGCAAGCUCAAAACUUGGGAAGGAACAUCCAUAUCCACAUCAGAGUCCAUUGGCACUGGCUUGUCUUUGCUUGAAGAUUUGUAUAUUUGCUUGGAAGGUCUUCUCAACAUGGCAUCAACCCACCAAGUUAUUUCUCACCAUCAAGGUGAGAAAUGCGUGGAAGAGAUAUUGGAUGGUACAUUGAUAAUUUUGGAUAUCUGUGGCAUCACAAGGGACACCAUGUUACAAAUUAAGGAAAAUGUUCAAGCCCUUCAUUCUGCUCUUCGAAGAAGGAAAGGGGAUUCAAGUAUUGAAAAAAGUGUUGCUGAAUACAAUUUCUUCACAAAGAAGAUGAAGAAGAAUGCCAAGAAGUUGAUCACAUCUUUGAAGCAUAUGGAAAGCAAAUUUGGGGUAUCCCCACUCUUGGAUUUUGAUCAUCACCUUUGUGCUGUGCUUAGAGUGCUUAGGGAAGUCAUUAUACUGAACUUGUCUAUCUUCCAAUUCCUUUUGACAUUCUUGACAGUGUCUUCAUCAAAGUCAAAGGCAACCAAAUGGUUGCUGGUGUCAAAAUUGAUGCACAAGGGGGUCAUAUCAUGUGAACAUGACUCGGAGAAUGUUAACGAGUUGCAGUGUGUGGAAGCAGCUUUAAGUACCCUUCUAAAUGAAGGUAGUAAUGGUGAAAGGAUGCAGACAACACAUGAAAGAUUAGAGGCUCUGGAGAAUGCCAUUGAAAAUGUUGAGAAUGGUUUGGAGAGAGUAUUUAGGCGCUUGAUUAAAACUAGAGCCUCCCUUUUGAACAUAAUCUCCCAAUAGAGUAAUUUUAGUGCCAAUUUUUCUCUCCCA